AUGGUUGCAGAGGGGUUCACUGUCGAUCUAAAUGCGCCGCUUGUGUUCCAGGUAUGUUUUCCUGCGCUAUUUCCUCUUGGCCUUUGAGAUCCCUCAUGAUGGUCAUCAUUUCGGUUCCCAGAUCCUGCACUGGUUAAAAGAAAAAUCCCAUUCCAACGAAAUAAUCAGAUUUUAUUUUUCUUUUCUUUUUUUUUUCUAUUUCAAGGUUGGCCAUCUUGGGGAGGCCUAUGAGCAAUGGGUUCACCAGCCCAUUGUCGGCAAGGAAGGGCCUCGGUUCUUCAAGAGUGAUUUCUGGGAGGUGGGCCUCCUUUUUCUUCUUUUUUUUCUCUCUCAUUGCAGUUUACUUACUAUUUAUGUAAAUAUCCAGAAACAGUACUUGAGACCCAUCAUCGAAAUUUCAGUUCUUGACGCGGACUGUGUGGUGGGCGAUUCCCGUCAUCUGGCUUCCAGUGGUUUGCUGGUCAGUCUCUCAAUCCGUUCUGAUGGGGCGCACAUUUCCUCAAAUAGCUGUAAUGGCGGCCUCAGGAAUAGUCAUCUGGACAUUAUUGGAGUAUAUUAUUCACCGCUUCCUCUUCCACAUCAAAACCAAGAGCUACUGGUGAAGAAGCCCUCCACCACCCUUCCAGUUUUUUUUAAUGAUUUUUCUCGUGACUUAUCUCUCUCUCUCUCUCUCUCUCUCUCUCUACAUGUAUAUAUAAACAUAUACGUAUAUAUUGCAAAUGCAGGGGAAACACUGCACAUUAUCUUAUCCAUGGUUGCCACCAUAAGCACCCAAUGGACGGACUACGCCUGGUCUUCCCACCUGCUGCAACGGCUAUUCUAUGCAUCCCGGUAAGAAGCUUUUCUUCUCCUCCCUUUGGUGCUAGUUUUUUCAGAUUAGUACGAAAAAAGAAAAAGGAAACUUCAUGGGUAUGAAGUCUUGGAGAAAACUUUUCAUGGCCAAUGAAUGUUUAUUCAUAAUAUAAAGCAUGUUGCUGAUGGCUAUUGAGUGAAACCCAAGGAUGCAAAGAGUUGGAUACCAUUGUUCAUGGUAUCCAAGAUUGGAUCUGAACGCUGUGGAAAUUUUGGCCAAUCCAAGGUCAUCGUCUUCAAUCUGGCCAAUCUCUCUCUCUCUCUCUCUCUCUCUCUCUCUCUCUCUCUCUCUCUCUCUCUCCUCUCAUUCAGUUAUAUUGCACCCGGUUCCACCGCCCUCCUCUCUUAAACUUCAGGCUAUCCAGGAUCAGGAUCCUUCCUUCCUAUUAAGCAUUGAGAACUCGAAUAAUGUCUCUCACUCUCUCUCUCUCUCUCUCUCUCUCGCUGCGCGCUGCUUAGUCUACUUUUAUUCUGCCCGGUUCCAUCUGCUGGCUCUUAUCUUAAUCUUCCGAAUUGUUGCUGUGUUCUUCCAGCUCUGGAAUCUCAGCAAGCUCCUAGUGGCGCCGUCAAUGGCCCCCGCCUUGUUCGGCGGUGGUCUCCUGGGCUACAUCGUCUAUGACUGCACUCACUACUACCUUCAUCAUGGUCAGCCCUCCGUUGACCCGGCCCGGAACCUCAAGGUCAACUCAUCUACCUCUUUUUCCUGCAAAAAAGAAAGAAACCGACUUGAAUUCCUCCCCUCCUCCGGGCUUUUUUGGCUGCAGCGCUACCACAUGAACCACCACUUCAGAGUCCAGACCCUGGGGUUCGGCAUCACCUCCUCUUGCUGGGAUUGGGUCUUCGGGACGCUGCCGCCGCCAAAGAGCUAG